AGAGGGUGGCUUCUCUCACAACUUAAAAGGGGCUCAAACCACUUCCUCCCCAGACAGGGGUAGCUGGAGACAGAGACAGAGACACAAGCACCGCCUUCCUGUGUGACUGCAGCUGCCCGGAACGCAUCAUGGACCUGGGGAAACCCAGGAAAAACGUGCUGAUGGUGGCUCUCCUUGUCAUUUUCCAGGUGUGCUUCUGCCAAGAUGAGGUCACAGACGACUACAUCGGCGAGAACACCACCGUGGACUACACCCUGUAUGAGACGGUGUGCUUCAAGAAGGAUGUGCGGAACUUCAAGGCCUGGUUCCUCCCUCUCGUGUACUCGGUCAUUUGCUUUGUGGGCCUGCUGGGUAAUGGGCUGGUGGUGUUGACGUACAUCUAUUUCAAGAGGCUCAAGACCAUGACGGAUACCUACCUGCUCAACCUGGCCAUGGCAGACAUCCUCUUCCUCCUGACCCUUCCCUUCUGGGCCUACAGCGAAGCCAAGUCCUGGAUCUUUGGUGUCUUCAUGUGUAAGGGCAUCUUUGGCAUCUAUAAGAUAAGCUUCUUCAGCGGCAUGCUGCUGCUCCUGUGCAUCAGCAUUGACCGAUACGUGGCCAUCGUCCAGGCCGUGUCAACCCACCGCCACCGCGCCCGAGUGCUUCUCAUCAGCAAGCUAUCCUGUGUGGGCAUCUGGAUGCUGGCCCUAUUGCUCUCCACCCCAGAGUUGCUCUACAGCGAUCUCCAGAAGAGGAACAGCGAGAACUCGUGGAGAUGCUCACUCAUGACUGGCCACGUGGAGGCCUUGAUCACCAUCCAGGUGUCCCAAAUGGUUAUCGGAUUCCUGGUGCCCCUGCUGGCCAUGAUGUUCUGCUACUUUGUCAUCAUCCGAACCCUGCUCCAGGCUCGAAACUUUGAGCGGAACAAGGCCAUCAAGGUGAUCAUAGCUGUGGUCGUGGUCUUCAUCGCCUUCCAGCUGCCCUACAACGGAGUGGUUCUGGCCCAGACGGUGGCCAAUUUCAACAUCACCAACAGCAGCUGUGAAGUCAGCAAGCAGCUCAACAUUGCCUACGAUAUCACCUACAGCCUGGCCUCAGUCCGCUGCUGUGUCAACCCUUUCCUGUACGCCUUCAUUGGCGUCAAGUUUCGCAGUGACCUCUUCAAGCUCUUCAAGGACUUGGGCUGCCUCAGCCAGGAGCAGCUCCGGCAAUGGUCUUCCUGCCGGCAUGUGCGGCACACCUCCAUGAGCACGGAGGCCGAGACCACCACCACCUUCUCCCCAUAGGGGGCUCCCCCGCCCGGAUUUCAAGGACCUCUCCCAGGGGCCCUAAGGUGGGGCCUGGAGCAUGUGCAAGGACUCAGGACCCACCAAAGAGCUGCUGAGGGAAGAGCAGUUCUGGCCAGUUAGGUUAACCUCAGGGCCUACGAAACCGCUUAACCCCCAACCCAUGCAUUCUACCUCAACCGAAGCUGGAAGAGACGCCGCUGAGACAAACCAGGACAGCUGUCCCCAAACCCACAGCCAAAAGUGAAAGCUGAGAGGCCAUCACACCUUCUGGAGUGAAGGGGAUGGGGCCGGUGAACACCCUGGUAGUGGAGUAGACUGCUGAGGCCUCUGAAUGAACCUUCUUCCAGCCUAGAGAGAUGGCCCAUAGAUCCAAGGACAGAGGUCACAUACUCCAAAAACCCAGGUUUUUGUCUCCAAAACCAACAUGGUGGGGUCACUUCCUGGCUUGUGGCUGGAUGGGAGCCAUCGACUGGUCUGAUUAACUCGGACUUAACACCCUCCCUCUCCCCCCCCUUCUCCAACUGUCAUCAGGCCAGCAAGAGAUAGCAGUCUCUCUAUGCUCCCUCAGAGCACCCCUGUCCCUCCCUUUUGCCCCUCCUCACUUCUUUUCAGCAAGGGGUGAUGUUUCCUGAGGGCCAGACCACAUCAUCGGGCUGAAUGCAGUCCCAGCUAGGGCUCUGGAUGACAAGAGGUUGGGUCUCUCCUCCAGGAUGGGAGGAAAAGGUCAGGGGACCGAGGAGGGGAAAUGACCCUGCUGGCUGACAAAGGCCAGCAAAGCUGCUUCUUUGUUCUCUGUCAGCAACAGAAACCUUUCCUCAUGUUCUGCUUUCGAUUUAUAAGAGCACAUAUUUUACUCAGGCACAAAUAAAAAAUUUCCCUUGAGGAAACA